UUCUUAUUGUUUCCUUCCUUUGGGACCCCACCCAACUGACUGUUAUUGUUGCAGUUCCUGGUUCUCGGAACUGCUUUGCUUUGCUUCUCCUUCUUCCUCUUCUUUUUGUUGCAUUCUGUGCUCUGUUGUUUCUGGGAAUGAAGGGGGCAGGGGAGGGACAACACCCAAUUCUUCAACUGACUCGGAGAGUUGAAGGAGGACGAGGGGACCUGCAACUGAUUUAUAUUGUGGGAUUUCUAUGUGUAUGUCCCACUCGACGUGUAUAAGGCUACUAACUACCCUAACCCUGAUUGCUACCUGCUGCAAACCCUCCUUGGCUAUGGUGAAUCCGGAUUCAUUCACUGCUCCCCGACCCCUCUUCUUCUUCUUCUUCUUCUUCUUCUGCUACUACUACUACUUCUACCUGUUUUCUGUGUACGUUUGAGGUGGUAUGUGUGUGGGUUGAGUGAGUGAGUGAGUGAGGGAGAGAUGAGAUGAGAUGAGAGUUGAGAGGUGAGAGCAAUCUGCGUGGAGGGCUAUUCUAUGUGGGUGAUUCGUUAUUAGACGUAGUAAGGUGGUUAUGAUUUAUUUGAUUUGAGGGCGAGGAAGAAGAGAGUUGUAGUUUGGAGGGAGAGAGAGAGAGAGAGGCUACUAUGGAAUGGAGUGAGAUUGUCCGCCAGAAGUAAGUGGACUUGUUUGAGCAGCAGGGGUGGGUGGAAAGAUGGACGAGGUUUAUAAGUUGACUGAUUUUUGGGGGAUUUGCUGGAAGUAGCAAUAUGCGUAGGUUAGGUUCCUGUUUUUGUUUUUGUAUUUUUAUUUAUUAUUUUACUUGAUGUAUAGUUUGUUUGGUUUUUGGGCUGGUGGGGGACGGGGGAACAAGGUGUAGUAGUGGGUUUGGUGUAACGAGGAAUAUAUCACGUUGGAAGAAGAGAUGGGGGUGAUGGGAUUGCCGACUUCGGUGACCCGUGAGGUUUCGAAAGUAUGGAAGAGAGGGAUUAUUGAGCUAUCGGUGGAAUGGGCACUGUUGAUGGAGCAUUGGAAGGUGAUAUUAGGAGGGUUGCUGUUUCAGUAUGUUCAUGGAGUUGGUGCACGUAUCGCGCAUUACCAACACCAUCCAGGACCGCUACUUCAUGACGCUGGCUUUGAAUAUCUGCCGGAGCUUGGGAAACAGAAAGCGCACAUAAGCGAGAGUCUCUUCACGUUUGUUUUUGUAUCUUUCGUGCUAUGGUCAUUCCACCCUUUUGUGUUUUACAACAAGCGGUUUUACACUGCGCUGCUGUGGUUGAGGGUUCUUAUUUGUUUAAUAAUCUGCCAAUUUCUGAGGAUGUCAUCUUUCAUGGUGACCCAAUUACCCGGGCCCAACUAUCAUUGCCAUGAAGGACAGCCAACGGCAACUUUGCCGCCUCCGGAGAGUAUCAAAGACGUGCUGCUUUUGAAUUUUCCGUAUGGAGUGAUUUAUGGGUGUGGAGACCUGAUUUUUUCCUCGCAUAUGACCUUCGCUCUGACGUUCUUCCAUACUUAUCUCAAGUAUGGAACGAGACAGUGGAUGAAGUUUGUUGCGUUUUUGGCGAUGGUAGCCCAGAGCCUUCUCAUCAUAGCCUCACACAAGCAUUACUCUGUGGACAUUGUCGUGGCCUGGUUCACCGUGUAUUUUGUAUUCUUUUUCGUGGAUCGGAAGUUGGUCGAUGCCGGAAUCAAUGAGCGUGUACUAAGUAAUGGACCACCGCUGCUGCCGAUGACUGCGAGGUCAGGCAAGGAUGGUCGCAUUAGAGAGGAGAAAAUGUCGAACGGAAUUACAGAAAAUGGGAGCGUUGAACUAUGAGUGUAAAAAGUUAGAGCAGGGGCUCGAUGAUGAGCAGAUUUUUUGAUAAUUCUGAUGCCCUAAAUAUGGUGGUCUUUUAGUUACAUGGUAUAGGAGAGAAGAAGAAGAAGAAAUUCUCGGUGCUCUUGGAGAGUGUGUGUGUGUAGUACCUUUUCUUUCUUUUUUUUCGGGGAGGGGGGGGGGGCUGCGAAAGGCUUGUACGAAAUUGGCUCAGUAAUUCUUUCAUCUUUCGUUGAUGAACCUAGGAUCCCAGUCACCGGCAUCCGGCUAGAAUACAUUGAACAUUUAUCUCUGAGGUCUGCCAUAGCCUCUUCAUGUUUACCAGGAGAGAAAGGUUCUUAGGGUUGAGGUCAGAUGAUGGGGACUGUGCUCCUCUACCUGCGGCUGCGACUGUGACCACCUUCUUAAAAGUCCUUCAUACUUGAAAGGAUCUCCGCCAGCUCUUGCAUGUGUUUAGUUGGGCGUUUGAAAGAAGUGGAAGGUGGGAGUCGGUGAUCUUUCAUCUGUCUCAUUGAACUUCAUGAAAGGCACAAUUCGAAUGAGAUCCUUUGGAGGCUGUUUCGAUUUUGGUAAUAAGUUCUCAGCUCUGUCUGUGUUUUUGAUGUAUUCAGCUUUCGAGCUUGAUGAAGGCAAUCUGGAGGCUUUCCUGACUUCAUUUUUCAUGAAGCACAGACAUUUUUGUUUUCUCAUAUAUUAUCUGUGGACAUUUUUUAAAUUUUUUUGUUUCCGAAGCUUGUUAAUGGCCAUUGAACUUCGGUGUAUCCCAUGCUUACAUUGCCAAUAACUUUGUAUACUAGAAAGAGCUUCUAUUGAAGUGGGUAUGAUUAAGAGUGUUCAGAGAAGUCCCCAUAUAUUUUUUUAAAAUUUUGUACUUCAUUACGUAUGGAAGCGAAUGAAAACCAUUGGCUUCAAGAACUUGUA